AUGGCCAAGACGCGAUCUUCGGGACUCUUGCAGCUGGCAGCUGUUGCCAGCGUCCUCUCCGCCUGCCACUGGGCCUUCGUGGGACCCAGCUCCAACACCAACCGCCUCACCCCUCGCACCUUGCGAAGAGGUGGUGGUGAGAGCGUCCCCACCGGCCUGGUUUGGCCUUCUCCGGAGGCUGAGGAGAAGCUCCGCGAGGUGGAUGGCAUCAAACUCUACCCCACUCACGCUUGGAAGGAUGACAUGGUGCCAAUCUUGGACAGCUCCAUGAAGCUGGAGGACAAACCUGUGAUCAUUGGCGUGGCUGCAGACUCCGGAUGCGGCAAGUCCACCUUCUUGCGACGCAUCUUGGGUGCCCUGGGCACUGAAGUGAAGCCUGGGCACACUGCCAUCGGUGACAUGAUGACUGUCAUCUGCCUGGACGAUUAUCACACCAACGACCGCGCGGGACGCAAGGCCACUGGGCUCACCGCUCUGGAUGCCCGGGAGAACGACUUCGACCUCAUGGGCGUGCAAAUCGAGGCCCUGAAGCAAGGCAAGGCUGUCUACAAGCCCAUCUACAACCACGACACCGGCAACAAGGAUCCUCCUGAGUUGAUCGAGCCCAACAAGGUCAUGGUCUUCGAAGGCUUGCACCCCAUCUACGAUGAGAAGGCGCGCUCGCAGCUCGACCUUGCCAUUUACAUUGACAUUGUGAACGACGUGAAGUUCGCCUGGAAGGUGCAGCGCGACGUGGAAGAGCGCGGCUGGACCGAGGAGCAGGUGCGUGAGGAUAUUGAGAAGCGUUUGCCGGACUUCUCUCAGUAUGUGGACCCGCAGAAGGCCAACGCUGAUGUGGUGCUGCGCCGGACAGCUCAGGUGGAAGGUUAUGAGCCCUCCGAUCAGGGCCUGCCAUUCUUGAAGGUGAAGCUGAUCCAGAAGAAGGAUGGCAAGUUCCCCAAGAUGACCCUGAAGAAGGACCUGGAACUCUCUGGUAGCAAGCCCGGAGCGACCUUGAAGAUGUACGAUGACGACUGGUUCGGCAGUGCGGUGACUGUGGUGGAGAUGGAUGGCGAGAUCGAUAUGGACAACAUGGAGGAGCAGCUGAAGGAAAUCGAGUCGAACAUGGAGGGUCUGGGAGCGAAGAAGGAUGGAGAGCUCACGGAGGCGAUGGUGGGCCUCAAGAGCAGCCCCGGCUCCCAGAACGGCACCGGGCUCCUGCAGACCGUCAUCGCCAUGAAGGUCCGUGAGAUCUACGAGAAGAUCACUGGCAAGGAGGCAUAG